CGAUGUGAUGCCCAUCAGUCUCCGUCCGCCGCAGUCUGUAAAUGCGCUCGACACAACGAAGCAGGCUUCCUCCGACCCAACCAUCCCAUGGAACCCGAGUCCGAACCUCCGCCGCCGCCACUGUCAGCGGAGCCGCCCUCAGAACCUGGCGCUGAGGAGGACGCGGAGGCGGAGGCCCGCCGCCUCAAGUCCCUGGCGGAGGAGAAGCUUCUCUCGUCGUCUCUCAAGUCCGCCCUCAAGUAUGCGAAGCGCGCCGCCCGGCUCGCUCCCGAACUCGACGGUGUCACCCAGAUGGUCACCGCCCUCAAGGUCCUCCGCGCCGACCCCUCCGACCACUACAAGGUCCUCCGCCUCCCACCCUUCUCCACUCCGGCUGCCGUCCGCAAGCAGUACAAGGCCCUCGCCCUCAUGCUCCACCCCGACAAGGCCGCCGCCCACCCCCUCCCCGCCGCCGAGGACGCCUUCAAGCGCGUCGCUGACUCCUUUCGCUUCCUCUCCGACCGCUCCCUCAAGCGCGACUUGGACCUCCGGCUCCGCCUCUCACUAUCGGCCGCCGCCUCUGCGGAGGGCGAGGCCCCGAUCCCUCCCGUCACCUUCUGGACCGCCUGCACCACCUGCCGCCUCCUCCACGAGUUCGAUCGCAAGUACGUCGGUUACCGACUCGUGUGCCCUAGCUGCCGUAAGAGCUUCCUCGCCGUUGAGGUCCCUGCUGGAGACAAGCCGAGCGCCGCUCAUGAGAACGGAGCGAUGAAAGAUGAGGCCAGGGUUAGGGUAACUCGGUCGAGGUCCAGUUCCAGGCCUAGGAUCCCCCGGUUUCCGGCGCUGGUGGGGGAUAAGAAGAGGAAAACUAGGGUUUCGCCUUCCCCCGUUGCAAAGAUGCCCCGGCCGAGUGCGGAGAAGACUUUGGCGGAGAUACAGAUGGAGCUCAUCAAGGCGAAGGGAAAGGACAAGAGUAGGAACGGACGGAAGGAGAAGGCUUUAGCUGCCGUGAAAAUGGAAGAAGACAAUGAUGUAAGCCUUAUGGCAGUGGAGGACUCCGAUUUCUACGAUUUCGACAAGGACAGGACAGAGAAAAGCUUCAGAAUGGGGCAGAUUUGGGCUAUAUAUGAUGAUGAUGAUGGAAUGCCGCGGCAUUAUGGACUAAUAGAUGAGGUGAUAUCAUUCAAUCCAUUCAGAAUGACAAUGAGCUGGUUAGACAUUCAGUGCAAUGGGGAUGAGGCUAUGGUGCUCGGGGAAAAGUCGGGGUUGCAUAUUUCGUGUGGGCGGUUCAAGGUGGGGAGGAAGGUUGACAUAGAUUCUGUGAACUGCUUCUCCCAUUACGUCAAUUGUGAGAGAGCUGCGAGAGAGCUUUAUAGGAUUUAUCCUAAUAAGGGUUCUGUAUGGGCUCUCUACGGUGAGCAGAAUGCAAGAGAGGAUGGAAGGCACUACGAUAUCGUUGUCUGCCUCACCAGUCACAGUGAGAUGUACGGGUUGAGCAUCGCAUAUCUUGAGAAGGUGGUAGGUUACAAGACAAUAUUUAAGAGGCAAGCAAUCGGUCGCCAUGCUAUUAAGUGGCUCAAGAAAGAUGAUAUGAGGUUGUUUUCACACCAAAUACCUGCUCGAAAACUUUCAGAGGCCCAGGGAUUAGACCUGCCAAGAGACUGCUGGGAGCUUGAUCCUGCUUCCCUUCCUCCUGAUUUGCUUAGAAUUGGUUGUGGUUGAUGAUUACUCAGCUUCUUGCUUCUAGGCCGUAUAAUGCUGCAAGCAUUGAUAUGAUCUAUGGGAACAUUGCUGAUCUCAUAUUGAGCAGGGACCUCAAUUUCACCUGGAAUGGUAUGUACUGACUGGUAUUCACGGGUUUGGGCAAAUGCCAAGACUUCGACUAUCCCAUUUCAGCACUCCAGGUCCAAGAUGGGUUCCUGAUCGGUAACCCUGGCGAACUGGUCUUACCAUCCCUCUUCAGAUCGUGCAUCUCUCAGCAAUAUGCUUCUACCAAAAACCAUAAUUGUAGUCAUGAAUAUUCUAUAGUCAUGUAUGCCCCUUUGGGUAUGUUAGAUUGGUACAAUGAUCAUUUUCUCUUCUGAGCUUGGCUUUGCAUGUUCAUUACAGCAGCUGUUGAGCUCUCACAUACUCAAGUUGCUGUAUAACAGAUAUCACUACAGUGGAAAAUGUUCAGUGCUGCAUUUUGGUAAUUCCCAUGUGUGGUAACUGUAUUCAAUUGCCUGGUAACAAGCAUAUCCAGCAUUUCCAAGUA